GAGCUCCCCGUAGUCACACAGCUGGCAGGUGCACCAACCGACCACGACUUUUGUUAUCAAUCAAUCAAUUCUGCAGUGCGUGCCUGUCCGGGUCCGACGGACUGCCGGAUCCAGCAAUAGCCACAAAUGGCGACCCCAUCGACACCUCUCCGUCUCUCCGUUCCCGCCUCGCGCGCUCUCAGUUCAGCCACAGCCAGACGAGCCUUCUUCUCCUCCUCCUCACAACGAACACCAACAGUCCCUCUGCCGACCACCUGCCGUGUCCACCGGCAGCCUGCCCUCCUCAGCAACAAUAAAUACAACAACAACAACAACAGCAGCAGCAGCAGCAGCAGUAGCAGCACCAGUAGCAGUAGCGGUUGCUGCCGCAAACCCAGUUGCAACAGCUACUCCCCAAUCAUCGCCAGGGCGAUCCACACGACCCGACCGGCCAAUCGCCAGCGCAGGCCGCUCGCGCACAACCGCGAGGAGGUGCCCGACCAGCCGCCGCCGACCGACUUCGGGCAGCUGGACGUGCUGGGCUCCCUGCCCGUUCCGGCCACGGCCGUGGUGGCCUGCCGCGACGACGGAUUCUCGCUCCACUCGGGCGUGCACAUCCGCGGCGGCAGCGGGGCGCUGCUCGUGGGCGGCGAGGCGUUCGCCUGGCGGCCGUGGGAGCUGCCUCCGCGGCGAGGAGACGGGGAGGCGGCCUCCUCCUCCUCCUCCUCCUCCUCCUCCUCCUCCUCCUCCGCCGCCGCCGCCGCCGGGGGAACGACGAAGGGGGGGAGGGCAGGGCUGGUGAAUGCCAAGGGGCAGUGGGAGGUGGCCGAGGAGGCGUUUGCGGUCUUGGGCGCUGUCUGGCCUAGACCGGACCUACUCAUUUUGGGGCUGGGCCCGGAGAUGCGACCUCUCAGCCCUGCGACACGGCGGGCGAUCAGCAAUCUUGGGAUGAGGGUAGAGGUGUUGGAUACGAGGAAUGCGGCGUCACAGUACAACAUGUUAGCUACGGAGCGUGGGGUGGAUGAUGUUGCGGCGGCACUGAUACCAAUCGGGUGGAAGGACGGUGCUCGAUAGAUUGUCCGCCUUCGUUCGGCAGCAGGAAAUCUCGUGCCCUGUCAAGCUUGGAUCAAUGGCACUUCGAAGAGGGUGGGCACAGUCGCUGUGUGGCAUGUCGCCGACUGGACGGGAGAAACCGGACAUUUAUAGUUGGAUACGCCAGUCCCCAAGGACAGCGAGCCGGUCCAUCGAAACUGACUGGGGAAUUGCACUCCCUCCGAUUCCCUCCGUCGUAAGCAGGAGGCGGGUGGGAAUACCGGCACGGGUCUAUCAAAGUUUAUGUGCUCAGUGAAGUAGACUAAGCAGGAUCUCCACGGAAUAAUGAUUCCGUCCGCCGUUUGGCGUUAAAUCAGUAGUGUAGUCUCAUAU